AUGGACCGCCUUCGGAGCCAGCACCCGGAGCUCCGCGCCCACUUCUACGCGCCCGAGCUCGAGCGCGGCAUCUUCCAUGAGUGCUGCUCGCACAAGAUCAAGAAUUUGCUCCAGGGCUUGCAGUCCCAGCGCGAAGACGCGGGCCACGCGUCGAUCACUUCGGGCGGGCCCGAGUCGUGGCCCCUUCGGCUCUCGGUGCUCGAGAAGGCCGCGGACGUGGCGCCGGUCCACGUGGGCAUGAAGGGCUUCUGCUGCGACGCCUUUGAUCGCCACGCGGACGGGCCCUACAACGGCCUCGCGUCCAGCGAGACCGUGAAGGAGCGACUCCUCGCCGAGGGUUCGUACUCCGACGCGCUCGUCUUGGACAUCAUCGCCGAGGCGCAGCAGGCGUGGACCAUGGCCGGCCUGGACCAGACGGAGCGCACGAUCCGGCUCUAA